AUGGAGGCAAAAUUCGAUAACAAGACUAACGUUCUUAACGCCAAGAUACGAACCACUCACGACGACACGGUCAUCUAUUCCGUCACGACCAGCGAAGGGCUUUGGGGGCGGAGAUACACUUUCCUCAAAGAUGCCAACCCCGCCUUGGGCGAUUCGACAACUGUUGGGGUUAUACAUUGGAACGAGAAGAUAUUUGAGGUCGGUGGGCACAAGAAAUCGCUUAAAGAUAUCAGGAGGAAGCCGCAGGGCUUUAGAAACAAAGAGAGAUACUGGAGAUGGUCGUCCGAUAGGAGGGAAUACGCUGUCGAUUUCCAAGAAGAAGAGUGGAAGGUCAAAAUCAACAACUCAAAAAACGUGACUGUCGAAGGGACUUUUGACGUACCAUAUCGACCCAAACUAUUUGGAAAGACGACGCCAAUGGUUUUUCACCUCUCAAGAAAGGCGCUUGCAAAGGACGAGGUUUUCCUCAUCUUGGUGCUCAUCUAUAGCGAGUCUAAAAGACAGGAAAAGAUGGUUGGCUCAAAGCCACUCAAAAUUCACUCGUUGAGUGCACAAUAUCUUGGUCCGAAAAAACAAGCAAGGUGCAUCUCCGCUCUUACGCUUGAAAUUGACGGACUUGGCCGUAUUCGGGGUGAGGACGCUUACGCGUUGUUUGGCUCCAGCUGGAACUUCGCCCCCACCCGCUUACCUUUCGCAUGUGCCUGCCUUCAAAGGAGGUGGGAAACAACUACGACCCACAAGGUAUUUAAGAAACGUGAUCAGCGCAUGCAUCUCGAAGCAACGCGAAACAUGCCUAGCACAGAAAAGGAAACUUCAAGGCCAUCCCGAAUCCCGACCUACCUCACUCCUGCUAUUCGGUUAUUUGUGGACGAUACUGAGCGGCGUUGA